GUUCUCUGUGUUUUAGAUGCAGCUUUCUUGUGAUAAAUGGAGGAGUAACUGUUUUACUUCGAGACUUUGGGGAUGUGAAUUACAAAUUGAUGUCUUCCGGAAGAAAGAGUAUUGGGGAAGAGUGAGUUCAUGCACUUUGUUCUUGGCAAAAUUACUGAAACGACUCUAUGGUGAAACUUCAUCAUCUUCUCCUGUGCAUACUUCAAAUAGAGGAGAGGAGGCAGUUCUUGGAAAACUGGGAUCAAAAUCCAAAGAAAAGAAUUUGGGUAAUGUUCAGACUUCAUCAACAGAUGCUAGCACAUCAACUGAUACACCCUGCAAAUCAUUUCAAGGUAGUGAUGAUGCAAUUAUGUCUCCAAGAAGAAUUUACAAAGUGGAUCUUCCUCCAGAGGGUUAUGUUGCAGCUACUCCAGAUGCUAUUAGUAGUGCAGUUUCUGAAAACUCAGGCAGUAGUGCUGACUCAACAGAAGAGGAGUAUCAAGGGCAAACCAAGAGAAAGUGUGUUCGAAGGAAGAAACAAAAGAGCAGUUUGCAAAUCUCUAAUAAUUUACAUGGAGAACAAACAGACUGUGGAAUGCAAGAGGCUCUAGUUCAAGAUAAUUUACAGCUGCAGCAGACAGACAGUCCCAAAAUAAGCAGAAACAAAAAGAGGAAAAUGAAAAAGAAGCGACAGAAAGAAAAAAAGAGAGCAGCUGGCUUGGUAACAAAAACUACCAGUGUGGAUUUUACAUAUCAGCCUGACAAAAACAACAGAGAAGAAGCAGCAGGCUUAAAAGACAUAGAUGAAAAGGCAGAUAGCAUUCUGGACUUCCUGCAGGCAACACAACAAAUUUAUUUUGCUGACAAGAAAUCAGAAUGCACAGAUACUGCUGUAAAUUCAGCAACUGCCCAAGAGCUCUUACAGUAUCUUGAAUCUCGCACCGUCUCUUCCUCAGAUGUGACUCAUCUACAUCGUUUGAAAUCCCUUGUAUUGCUGCAGGAUAUUGAGAGAUUGAAGGAUGCCUUGAAACAAUUCCAAGAACAAUCCAUGAUGCUUCCUGAUCAUACUAAGGUAGCCACGUCUCUGUUUCACUACUGGAUUACAGAUAUCCUUCCUGUGAAGAACAGGAAAUAAAGCCUUGCCUGCAUCUGUAUGCACAGGGUUAAAAUUUAAUAUACAAACUCAUAACCAACUAGCAGUUGUUCAGGAAGAGUGGUAUCAAUACACACUCUACAACUGCAGGUAAAUGGAUUUUUUAUUGUGUUACAAAUUCAGAAGACAGUAAACAAGGUAAAACUACAUGUGACUUUUUGUGUUUGGUUGGUCAGGAAUAUCCAUAUGCUGUGUAGCCUGAGUCUUCAGCUGGAUUACUGUGUACAUUUCUCCUAAGGAUAAGGGACUUAGCUGGAAUGAUAAAGUCUGUAUCAGGUAUUUUGUUUAAGAACAAUAGUAUUUCCUUUUUUUGUUUGUAAAUUUAUCAUUCCUUUCUGGAAAUUAUAUUUCUUGACUUUUUUGUAUAUCUGCUUGCUUGGAAAACAGAACUAUAUUUUUUAUAUUUAAAUCUAAGCAACAACACGUCAUGAGGAACAUAUUUUUGCUGAAUAAACUGCUAAAUUGUGGAAAUAGAUAUGUUUCUACAUGUGGGUCAUGUAGGUACUGUUUGGAGUUAUGAAGAAACUUGGAUGGCAUUUUCAGAACUGUUCCAUGGCUAAGCCUGUUACAAUCUGACGGGCCUUACUGACUGCAGAGUUAUGGGACUGGGUUCUCUCACUGAUUACUGUGUAAUCUGUCUACUACUGUGUAGUCUUUCUGCAGCUGAACUUAUCCGUGUGUAGAUAAUACAGUAAAUAAUAUCCACGGUUGUAAAAUGUUUUGGAAUCAUGAAUUAAAAUAUGCUUUGUAAGAGCUUUCAGCCGAGUCGUUCAUCUGGUCUUCUAUCUUGGUGUGUUAGCUUCAUCAAUAAGAUAGGGGCAACAUGUUUAUCUCCUCCAACAUGUGCUUGGAGAUACACUACUGAUGAAACUAUAUAAACAUUGCGUGGUUUUUUGCUUUGUUUUUUAUUUUUUAUUGUGUUGCCUGAUAUAUCCUGAUGUAAGGCAUUGGUUUAGGGAUGCUCAAGAAUUUCUCAUAAAAAUACAAUCAU